CUCCCUGAAAACCACAUGCGUUUCCCCCGCUCUGCUCUCUCCGGUGCCAAGGCGGAGAGAUGCGCACACUGAGGACACCGCAGCACCGAAAUGCGCACAGCUCCGAGCCGAACCCGGCUUUAGCUUCACCUCCCGACACCCCUGACCCAUCUCUCAAAAACAAUGGCUUACAGGGAAUAUGGCUAACUUUGACACACUUUCCAUGUCACGGAACUGCCCUGCGUUGUCCGGAGAGCUAUGCGGCUCCGAACGGCUGAAUUGAGAGCACAAUAACACAGAGACUUGAGACCCGAUUCUAGUCAUUUCUAUCCCGGGCUCCUCUCCCACGUUGGUUUUGAGAGAUGAUCACGGAGCUGGUGUGCACCGCCGUGGCUGUGGGUCUCUAUCUGAACACGCUGGACGCAGAUUUCUGCUACGAUGACAGCCGAGCCAUCAAGACCAACCAGGACCUUCUUCCUGAGACUCCGUGGACCAACAUCUUGUUUGACGACUUCUGGGGCACCCUGCUCACGCACAGUGGCAGCCACAAGUCCUACCGCCCGCUCUGCACCCUCUCCUUCCGCCUCAACUACACCCUGCAUGCCCUGCGUCCCUGGGGCUACCACCUGCUGAACGUUGUGCUGCACGGGCUUGUCACCGCCCUCUUCACGGCCUUCAGUCGCCCACUUCUGGGUGGAGGUCUUUGGAGCGUUCUGGCUGGCCUUCUUUUUGCUUCUCACCCUGUUCACACUGAAGCAGUGGCUGGUGUGGUUGGGAGGGCGGACGUUGGUGCUGCUUUGUUUUUUUUGCUGUCUCUUCUCUGUUAUAUGAGACACUGUGGACUUCGUAGGGACCCACGUGGGACUUUUCAGGCCGGGCGAUUUGGUGGCAGCUCGGUCACCCGGUGCUGGGGCUGGAUGCUGGGCUGCCUGUGGUGUGCAGCAGCCAGUAUGCUGUGGAAGGAGCAGGGGGUGACGGUGCUGGCAGUGUCGGCUGUCUACGACCUUUUCGUGUUCCAGAGACUCCGGUUUCGCCAGGCGCUUCUUCUCCUGCUUGGAAAGAAAAAAAACAUCAGUGUUUUGCUGAGUCUCGCCGUGCUGGCUUCCUGGGGAGUGAUUCUGCUGUCAGCUCGCCUCUACUGGAUGGGCAAUAAGCCUCCAAACUUCUCCAACUCUGACAACCCUGCAGCUGACUCGCCACAUUUUCUCACUCGAACACUAACGUUCCUCCACUUGCCAGUCGCCAACGCCUGGCUGCUGCUCUGCCCCGACAAACUCAGUUUUGAUUGGUCGAUGGACGCUGUGCCCUUGGUCAGGUCCUUGGCUGACUGGAGGAACCUUCACACUGUUGCCUUUUAUGGAGGAUUUAUCCUCCUGGGUUUGUUUGGCCUUCGUGGCCCCACCUCUAAAGCCAUGGAAACCAAUGGAAAAGCCUGUGUCACUUAUGGAAAAUCAAUCACCAACGGGAAUGGUUACCAUGCCCCUGACGCAAACCAUAACACAGACCAGGGGCCAGCAAAGACCACCCUGAACGGGUUAGCUGGACUCCACCACUGCCCUUCACGGACGCCCCUGCCCCCUACUGAACACCUAGUACUAUUUUCGUUAGGCAUCCUCACAUUGCCUUUCAUUCCAGCCACAAACCUAUUCUUUUAUGUAGGUUUUGUGAUUGCAGAGAGGGUCCUAUACAUCCCCAGUAUAGGCUUUUGUUUACUGGUUGCUGCUGGGGCAAGAACCUUGUACAUCAGACAGAGGACUAGAGGCUGCAGGGCCUUACUGUUGUGUCUCUGUACAGGACUAGUGCUGCUGAAUGGAAUCAGAACUGUUCAAAGAAACAGUGACUGGAGCAAUGAGGAGAAUCUCUACAAGUCUGGGAUUAGUGUGAAUCCUGCUAAAGCCUGGGGAAACUUGGGGAACGUACUAAAGAACCAGGGCAAGAUGGCAGAAGCGGAGAAGGCAUAUAGAAAUGCUCUGCACCACCGAGGGAACAUGGCUGACAUGCUGUAUAACCUUGGCUUGUUGCUGCAGGAAAACGAGAACUUUUCGGAGGCGCUGCAUUAUUACAAACUGGCCAUUGGGAGUCGGCCAACACUGGCAUCGGCCUACUUGAACACAGGAAUCAUCCUGAUGAACCAGGGCAACCUAGAAGAGGCCAAACGCACCUUUCUGACUUGUGCCGACAUUCCAGAUGAGAACUUAAAGGACCCCCACGCCCACAAGAGCUCUGUCACCAGCUGCCUGUACAACCUGGGAAAACUGCUCCAUGAACAGGGCCAGCAGGAGGAGGCCCUGUCUGUUUAUAAGGAAGCGGUCCAGAAAAUGCCCAGGCAGUUUGCACCACACAGCCUUUUCAACAUGAUGGGAGAGGCCUACAUGAGGCUGAACAAGCUGGAGGAAGCAGGCCACUGGUACAGAGAGUCUCUCAGGGCCAAGCCUGACCAUAUCCCUGCCCACCUCACUUAUGGCAAACACCUGUCCAUCAUUGGGCAGAAGACAGAAGCAGAGAAGUACUAUCUGAGAGCCAUUCAACUAGACCCGAAAAAAGGAAAUUGCUACAUGCACUAUGGUCAGUUUCUGCUGGAGCAGUCUCGUCUGGGCGAGGCGGCGGAGAUGGCGGAGAGAGCCGCAGAGCUAGACAGCUCAGAGUUUGAUGUGGUCUUCAGCGCUGCUCACAUGCUCAGACAGGCCAGUCUUAAUGAGGCAGCGGAGAGACAGUAUGAGCGUGCAGCGAGUCUCAGACCAGAUUACCCUGCUGCUCUGAUGAACCUUGGUGCCAUUCUUCACCUGAAUGGGAAACUUCCCGAAGCAGAGGCCAACUACCUGCGUGCACUCCAGCUCAAACCUGAUGAUGUCAUUACCCAGUCCAACCUGCGCAAGCUGUGGAACAUCAUGGAGAGGCAGGGACUCAGGACUAAAGCGUGGGCUCGGGAUGCAGAAUAGCGACCUUUGAACUGGGAGAGUUGCUGCACUGUUCCCUUCAUGAUGACGCCGAGUGUCCUCCAGAGUGGGAAGCAGGACAGGAUAUGCCAGAGCUGGAGGCUAAAAGUCCUCUCUACGAGACGGGCGAGACUAAUUCUUUAGAGUUGUGGCCUGAGUUUAAGGCUUCGCAUGUUUGCAAUUCAAGGGUGUAGGAGGUCAACCAGAUAACACCUCACAACCAGUGUUGUCUGGUGACACAAACAACUUUAUUAUUACAUUUUACAAAGCAAUACUCAGUUGUUAAAUGAUGCACUGAAAUCAUGGGUAAAUAACGGCAAAGUCCAAACAAAAACCUCUUGAGAACAAAGGCUUCAAAAUCAGAUUAAUAUUGAAAUAUCGUUAAAAACGUGAAUAACGAUGCAGCACGUAUUUGAAUAAUCACUUAUGCAGAAAGGUUGUCAGCACUGAUAGGUUAAUGAUGCCAGCUGGUUUGUGUUAAAGGGGAAUGCCACCAAUUUUACAAAUCAAAGUGUGUUCACAGGUUUCGGGGUUACUACUGCAUUUGUAGAAAAGACAGUUGUAUUAAAAAAAAAGGUUUGUGGCUGCAGAGGGAGCUGAGCAAUGUCUAGUCUAUACCAACAACCUUCCACUUCUGUGGUUAGUCUGUUGCCGAUGGAAAUUCACCUGGAUUUCACUCAUUUAGGCCGGCUAUCCGGGCUUUCUUUGUUUUGGCAUUUAAAAUUCUGGUCGAUUUUUGAGGCUUAUGGUUAAGCUUUUCUCAGAUCUCUGCAGGGUAAAUCCAGACAUCUAGCAGGACUAUCUGUCCAAUCUGAGUUUUCUGUUGCACGACUAAAACAACCUUUGUGCGUACACGUGUUCCAUCAAAACAAGUUUCUACCCGAGGCUAAUUUGCAGAGGCGUUCCAUGGCGCCACCCAAGAUGAUUGUGAUUGGUUUAAAGAAAUGCCAAAUAAACCAGAGCAUGUUUUUCUCCCAUCCCAGAAUGCUGUGUGGACUAGCCAGACCCUCCUCCGCAGCGCUGUGGAGGAAGGUCUGACAAUGCUGGACUAAGUAACGUCUGAUAAAUUGCCUCAAGUGAUGUCACUCGAGUCAUCGUCAGUUAGAACUACAAGUUUCAAAAUGCUAAAGAAUCAUGCAGUUAGAAAGAAGUCAUCUUACCAGAUCUCUGUGGCCUGCUCCUAAUCCCGGCUUGAGGCUAGCUGAUUCACGGACAACGAACCCAAAUCUUUGUCUGAACUGUCAGCGGUCCAGUUGCAGUGUGGGUACCAGUUUUUGACACAAAAGAAGAACGUGCGCCAUUAUAAAAGACAAUAUCUCUGUUUCUGCUGCAUCGAUUUAAAUCUUGUAAUAACUGUCCAUCGUGAGUUCGACAAUGUCAUCGGAGUGCAAUGCUAAAUCACUGGAAGACUCUUUUAAAAAAUGAAAACCCUGAUUAAUUAUCCUUAUGGUGCUCUUGCCUUUAACUUUGACUCUUAUCACAGUAAAUGCAUUAAAACAUUAAAAGCAUGCUAGUUUUGAGGCAUCUUCAGGCAUCAGGUACCACCCUCUAAUAGAGUGCUGUUUAGUAAACUGCUCCAACCAAUUCAAAGACCAGGUGAAAGCAUAAUGCACAGCCAAUUCACGUUAUGUUGUCUGAGUCACCGAAGAUUGUUUGCACCUGGUGCAUUGUAAAUGCUUGUGACCGUUAAAAAAAUGAAAACACAUCAUGACAAAACUCCUCAGCGUUUGCCAAAGCUUGAACUGAGUCUUUACGCCUCUCGUGCCAAGCAAGAACUGAAAUGUGUUGUGCUUCUUGUGUCAAAUGAAGAUGUUUCAUUUCAUGUGAUCAGAGGAUCAAACUUAAUUUAUUUAUACAUGUUAUUGUAUGUGAAAAUCCAACACUGUGCCGUCACUGUCACAGUGGACCACCCUCUCUCUAAAGAAGGCAACAGAACAAUUACAUUUAAGUGUUUUUUAUACUGUAUGUGUAUUUUCUCUCUGUGCUCAGGGACACGAGGUUGUGGUUCUUGUCACAUAAUGGCUUUGUGACACAGAGAGGUUCUUUAAAAUGAUGUUAGGUGUUUUUCUGAUUAUUGUAAUGUUUGGUUAAAUUAUAGAAAAUGUGUAGCUGCAAAUGUGUUGUGUUUUGUAAAAAUAAAUCAAAAAUUUUCCAU